UAAAGUAUUUGAGGUGCAGUGUUUCCAGAAAAUUCACAGAAAACUGAAAAAGAACUUGCAAAGAGGAUAAAAAGGCCCUUCAGUUAUGGAUGACAAAUAUGGGAUGUAAGUUUGGAAUAAUGAGCCAAUUCAUUGAGGGUGAAAGUAAAAAAACCGGAUACAUUUGAUCCUAUUUGGUUGCAUGGAUGAGUGCCAGCAGUGCACAAGAGCAAAUAAAGAAUAUUUGUCACUGUGUUUACUAAGCACACAAGAGCUAUGAGUACUACAAAAAAAUAGAUGUAUUUUUGUGAAAUAUUUGAUUUAGUUUAGAAGAAUAUGUGAAUACACGGUUAAUAUCAACACUAGGCAUGCCGUGUCCACACUAUACUGUACUGUAGAUACUUAAAGCAAUGGCUGAUUUCUUAUAAAGCACCUGUUUGACUGGGUGACUUAUUGAUUCACACAUUAGAGGAUGUUCAUGACAUAUAUGUGAAGUUAUGCUAUUGCAGUAUGAACAGAAAAGGGGAUUUAUAGUACUACAUUCACCCACAAGCCUUCAGACCCUCAUUAUGAGUUGUAUUUGCAGGGUUUCCACACAUUCUCUCUGUAUCUGUCUGUUUGGCUGGAGAAAAUCGUGCUGAAAUCCAUAUGGAAAUUUUCUUUGCAUGACCAAGGAGGAAAAAAAACACCCCCACAUUGUUAUAAUUGAGGGGGACAGGAGGUUGAGGGCUGAUUUGUGAGUCUGUUUGGUUUCAAGCUUCUUUCUCAGCUGUAAUCUAACAAUCCCACAAUGCCAAUGAGAAAAUCAGUCCUAAUGGCACACAGCUGCUUUGAAUGGGGCUCUUCCAAUUGGAAAUUAGAUGGUUCAAAUAAGAGAAACCGAGAAGUAAGCCCCCAUCUUCCUGGAGAAGACGUGCCACUAGUCCAGCUCUCAGAAAUGUACCCCACAAACUCAAUUCAAGACCUGAGGCUUUGGAAGAUGCUACUUUUGAAUGUUUUAAUGAACAGUUCUGGGAAAUAAAGACAUCAUGUCUGGGCUAACCUCUCCUCCAUUAGCUUCUGUAACUCAGUGCACUUUAUCAUCUGAUGUUUCUUUCAUCAUUCUUUCUGAAAAAAGAAAUGAAGCGUAUGCCUUUCUUUCAUUAUUCUCAGAUGCAUCCACAGCAGUUGUUAUUACAGUAGAGAUGUGAACAUCUGUGAUUAAAAAAAAGGUUAACAAUGAAUAUUCCCAGGGUAUGAAAACUCAGGAUCCAGUAAACAUCUAAUCUGGGAACUAAUGGGCAGUGGGUUUAUGGGAAUCUCUAAAAACAGAAAUACUGAUUAAAAAUGUUAUUAAAUAGUUUUUAAAUAGUUGUCCAAAUCUAGGCAUAUGAAGAAAAGCACUUGGAAGAACUGUAUGUUCUAAGACUAGAUUUUACUGCUAUUGUUCUGAAGGACAUACCAAGCCAUAGCCAGCAGGUGGCUAUAUUAAAGAUUCUCUCUGAAAACAUUCACUUUUAACCUCUGUAGAGGGCAUCAACACACAUUUGGCCUUUGCCCCUCAUUGUGAAUUCAAAUGAGGGGCAAAUGUACCUCAGCACCUUAACCCCCCACCCCAUCACCUACAUAGGCCAGCAAAACCACUCUGUUGGGAUGAGAUGCAACAAGAGUUAAAACUUGAAGAUACAUUUUAUGUUUGCACCUUAUUCACACCUAGACUCUGGGACUUGAGGUGGGAUUGAUGGGUCUUUAUUCCAUCUAAUUUUCAGUGUCUAAGGCACAAAGUCAGAAUGGUGGGCCAUUUUUGUCCCGCCUUGGGAGGUAGUGGCAGAGGAAAAACAGAAAGACACACUCUCUAUAGAAAGGGCGAGCCGGCAGUAUUAGUCUUCUUCUUCGUCGUCGUCGUCUUUUUCUUCUUCUGCUGCUUCUUCGUCUUCUGUUGCUGCUUCUUCUUCUGUUGUUUAUACGCGGUUGGCAAACAGAGAGCCGGCAGUCUGGAAUCAAGUGCUUCCACCGUUACGUUUUGUCUUGUGUAGACUACCAGCGCAAAGUUCACGUCACAGAGUAACGUCACGUCGCGCCUCUGGUUCGGAAUGCUGGCCAGCUGUCUGAAUUCACAGGCAGGCUCGCGAUUAGCUUAGCUUGAUCUGUAUGAACAGCUCAUGUUGUUCAUCAGAAUAUGGCAUAAGCGGACAUUUCAGAAUGCUAAGUGAACAUAGUGCCUGUGGAGCUAGCAGCCCCCUUCACAUGAUCACGUGUCAUUUCCAAGGCUGCCAUGAAACCAGACACCCAGGAGCAGUCAUGGUGAAGGUCCAGAAACAACACAAGGUUGACCCGAGGUUUUCUCACCUUCCCCAGUUCCCCUUUCUGUCUCAUGCAACUGUUCCUGGGAAGGUGUUGAGCUGAAGUAAAUUGGCCUCUGACAGGAUGGCAACGCCACAGAGCAGCUCACUCUCUUCAUCUCCAAUGAGCACCUGGAUGCAGUCUCUUCAGGUUGACUCAGUGCAGCGCUGGAUGGAGGAUCUUCGCCACAUGACGGAGGUGGAGUGCAUGUGUGUCCUCCAGGCCAAACCAAUCGGGGUGGAGGAAGAAUCCCAGCAGGGAGAACUGAUUAUGGCAUCUGGGGUCGGUGGUGGGGCGCACGUGGCUAGGAACAACCUGCAGACACUCCUCCGCCGAGCACUGGUGGUCAGCAGGCGCUGGCAGAGGGUCCACAGCACAGCCGUAAGGGCAAACUGCCAUGUUCGCUCACUGGUCCAUGAAUACAGUGUCGCCCGCAACACGCCACCAGAGAUGCAGAAGUAUGAGAAAUCUCUGCUGGAAAAGUGUAUGGAGCUGACAAAUAUUACAGAGAGAUGUCUUCAUACUGAUGAUGAAUUCUUCCUGAAAUCCAUGAGGGAGGCCAUCCACGAGAUCCUCACAGAUGUCAGUGAUUCCUUCAGCAACAUGAUUGACAUGGCCUUAGCCAAUGAGAUCCAGGUCCUGAUCAAACAGAUUGAAUCAUCGGACAGCAUUCACACAAUCGGCAGCGCCAUUAGCAACCUCCUGUCCCUGACACAGGAUGGACCUCAGCUCUGCAGCAUCAUUGCCAAGGAAGGAGCUGUGGUGGCCCUGUUUAAGAUCUGCAGGCAGGACCGCUUCAGAGACCUCUACGCUCACGCUCUGAGAACUGUGGCCUCCAUCUGCUGUGUGGAGGAGGGCAUCAACCAACUGGACAAGGUAGACGGGAUCCUGUGCCUAGCAGAUAUCUUGACUGAUGAAAGCAGUGUGGAAGCAGCCAGGGCUGAGGCAGCGGCGGUAGUGGCGCAGAUCACAUCGCCUCACCACACAUCGACACAGCAUCUCGGCAGUUUCCUGGAGAGCAUGCAGGACAUUGUCACUGCACUGAUCAAGUUGUGCGAGAGUGCCUCCUGUGGUGAAGUUUUCCUCUUGGCGUCUGCAGCCUUGGCCAACAUCACCUUCUUCGACAGCAUGGCCUGUGAGAUUCUCCUGCAGCUUAAUGCCAUUCACAUCCUGCUGCAGGCCUGCAAAGACCGCCAGAGGGUAGACACACCCUACUCCAAAGACCAGGUGGUGACAAUCUUGGCAAACCUCUCUGUUUUAGAGCAAUGUGCCUCUGAAGUCCUGCAAGAACAAGGGAUAGAGCGCCUGCUUCUGCUGCUGGGUGAAAAGCCAUCCUCAUCCAGUCCAUCAGAGGGCGCUGCCUGCGAGCGUGUCCAGCAGAAAGCUGCAGUUACACUGGCCCGUCUGAGCAGAGACCCCGACAUAGCCCAAAUGGCCAUCCAGCUUAAAGCUGUUCCUCGUCUUAUUGAACUGUGUCGCUCCCCUACUGAGAGAAAUAACAGUGACUCAGUGCUGGUCGCUUGCCUGGCUGCUUUGAGGAGGCUGGCAGCAGGAUGUCCAGACAGCAUCGAACCAGCCGACCACCAGCAGCUGAUCAAACCACGGCUAGUCGACUCUUUCCUGCUGUGUUCCAACAUGGAAGAGAGCUUUGUAUGACAGCCUGCACACCAAUCACUGAUAUUGGAGAGGUGAACUCAUGUACAAGAUGAUGUACACUUUCAUGACACAGAGGACUAUUGAGCAGUUUUACUAGAAAACAUUCCAUCUAUUUACAGAGUGGAACUUGAUUUGUCACUUCCUGUGUCCUGACAUCAUUUCCCAAAUGUUAUACUGGACAAUUUGGAUUUGAGUGAAAAGAGUGAAACUGCAUUGUGCCAGUGUGAAUGGGUGAUGAAGACAUCUAUAUGUAAGUGUACAUAAAUGUGUUGCAUAGUGCGACUCGGUGAUCACAGUAAAUCCAAUGAAUGUGUAAGGUUUUCUAGAAAAAGGUCAUUAGUUCAUAUUAUUCAAUGGAGAAUUUUAUAUCAUUAAUUAUAACAGUAAUUGUUUUGUAAGAGUAGGUGCUACUGUUUGGAAAUAAAAGUAUAACCUGUUCUGAAACAAAAGCACCACCCAACAAUAUUUUGUUCUUUUCUGUCCAAAUCAUUGUGGCUGUCUGAGAACAUAAAAUGAUCCUUCACACAAGUGGAUACAAUAAAAUGUCUUAAUAGUAAAAAUGAUCAUCUAAAGAAUUUAGUGUUGGAGUACCAUGAUGUAUGUCUGGCUACAUUCUUCUUAGUGCUUUUACUGUUGGUCUGUUAAAAAGUAAACAAAAACAAAUAAAACAAAAAAAAAUGUUUUAAUCAACAGCCACUUUAUUUACAUAACCAUUUAACACUAAAUUAUUACAGUUAGAUAUUAAAUAUUACAUGUUUUGAGUAUGUUUAUCUGUGCACCAUAACUGACAGGACACUAUAUGUAUUUAAAUGUUUUGAUUGAGACAUAUAGCAAAAUGGUCUAUUUGUCCUGGUUUACAAUAAACAGCUUACGUUUUG